AUGACAUUCAAACAAGUAGAAGAACGAUCAAAUGCAGUGGCUGCUCGACUCCUGAAGCUUGGAUGCCAAAAGGGUGACCGUGUCAUGGUGGCCUAUCCCUUUGGCCUGGAGUUCUUGGCUGGCAUGAUUGGUGCCAUGAAGAUUGGAGUUGUCCCCUGCUCCAUUUAUCCACCCAACCCCAAUCAGCUCAAAACAGAUAUGCCAAAGCUCCGCAGAUUUGCAGUGGAUGCCGGGGCCAAGUAUGCCCUAUCCACCAGUGCCUUCGCCACUGCCAUGACUGCAGCCAGCAUCCUCUACAAGACUGGUGUCACUUGGAUUGGAACUGACAAACUACAAAUCAAGAAGAGAAACUUCAGUAGCAAGCCCAAAGGAUAUGAGACCUUUCUGGGAGAAUCAAAUGGAGUCUGCUUUAUUCAGUACACUUCUGGUAGUACGGGCCGACCUAAAGGAGUCAUGGUCAGUCACAGCAACCUAGUAGAAAACUUUUUUGGAAUUGAUGCCAUGUCAGAUACAACUGCAAACAUGGAUCCUACAGUGGGGGUCCUAUGGGUCCCACAAUACCAUGACAUGGGGCUUGUAGCUGGAUUCAUGUCUUCUCUCUAUGCUGGGACUUCCCUUGUCAUGGCAUCCCCUUUGGAUUUUGUUGCCAAUCCUCUACUCUGGAGUGACAUGGUAGAGACCUACAAGGCCACCCUUACUUGUGCCCCGAACUUUGCCUAUGCCUUGCUCCUCAAACGCUUAGAGCAGGCCAAUAGGACUCGUGCCAUGUUUGGGGGCGAACCAGCCCAAAGCCAUGUUGUGGAAGCAGCAGCAAAGACCCUCUCCAUCAAACCUGAGCAUGUGUACAACAUCUAUGGACUUGCUGAGUCUGUGGUCUUCCUCACUGGUGGCUCUGCGUACCCUGACUCUGAGGGGCUUGUCUGCUGUGGAGAAGUAGACUCCCCAACCCUCAAGCUCCGAAUUGUCCAGGAUGGAAACGAGGUUGAGGAUGGACAGGUUGGGAGUAUCUGGGCUCAAUCACCCCGUGUAGCUGCUGGCUACUAUGGCCAACCUGAGCUCACUACCUCUACCUUUGCCAAUGCUUUGCCCAAAUAUGAUCGGACCUGGCUUGACACUGGAGAUUUGGGCAAGGUUGUGGAUGGACAGCUUUAUGUCACUGGAAGAGUCAAAGAUGUCAUCAUUAUCAAUGGAAAGAACUGCUAUCCAACUGAUGUGGAGCUCUCUAUUGAUGCUGCCUUUGGUGAUGUUAUACGUCCAGGCAGGACCACAGCCUUCCAGCAUGGGGAAGACAGUGUUGGAAUCAGUGUCGAAGGCCGCAAAGGUUUUGAUAAGUCUGGAAAUGAAGAUUUGGCGGUCAAGAUAGCCAACCAUGUUUCACAAUUCCUUGGGCUGUUUGCCUCAGAGGUUGUUGUCCUCAAGCUUGGUGUGACACCCAAGACCACAUCUGGCAAGCUGAAGAGGAAUGAGAUCAGGCAGACCACUAUUGAUGGUAAUUGGAAGGAGUCCUCUGUUCUGCUCAGAUUCCAACGACAGACAAACAUAUCAGCUUUCCAGGCAACUGAAUCACCUUUUAAGAAUAGCUCUUGGCUUGAGUACAGCUUUGCAAUGAACGGGGUUACAAGCAGUGAGUUCUAUUUGUCAGAAGGAACUCAACGUGAAAUCAGCAGGAAAUCAAUGACAUUACCAUCUGGAUCUCUUGAUCUUGGCAGUCUGCAUGAGCUUGAUCUUCCGGAGAUUGACCUUAGCAAAACAAACAUACUCCCCAGCAAAGCUGUUGAAGCUGUUCAUGCUGUAGAGUGUGACCCCAACAAGUUGGACAAAUAUUUCUCAGAGCUUCAUCUUACAGGGGUCUCUGGCAUUGGUGAAGCUUGGGCCAAAGCCAUCAAGACAACAGCUGCAAUGCAAGCCAUGUGCUCCCAAAUACUGAAGCAUGUCGAGGACAAGCACCCAACCAUCUGCCAGCUUGCUCACAGUCUCGUUGUGAAUCCAGACUGGCUUCUGAUUGAUGACAGGGCAGGUUUCCUUUCUCAACUUGUGCAUCACAUCUUUGUCCUUCAAUGGGCGACAACCUUUAUGAUGGAUAAUCCUGAGUGCAUUAAGCAGAAGAUGAAUGAUGAUGCCGCAUGGGAAUCACACAGCCAGAAUCUUCAGGAUCUUCCAGUGGAGCUACAAGAGAUUCUGAACCUUCCAGAACAAGACUCGAUGUAUGGGAAGUUGCCAUUCUUCCUUUGGAUCAAGAACAGGUCAGUUGCUGCACUGCUGAACCUUGUCCAACAAAGUUUGGGAUCACCUGAAGGCCCAACCAUUAAUGCACCGGUCGAAAGAAUCAAUAUCCUCCUGUGUUUAAACAUGUUAGAGGCUAUUUGGGUUGAGCAAAAGAAUGGUAACAAAGAAAACUCAGAAGUUGGUAGGAGACUUGCUACAAAUCUUGUUACAACAGCCACUACUGAAUCAAAAAAGGUUUUGAUAGAGCUUUCAUCCAAUGCAAGUGCUGCGAAUAUGCUCUACAUUGAUUGGAAUAUGCAUGUUGUUGCCUGGGUCGGAGACAGAAAUUCUUCCAGCUGGAUGGUGUCCAAAUUGCUGCUUCCUUGCAUCAUCGGAGAUGUCGGUGCAACUUUCUUUCAUGCAAGGAUAACUAGCUUGUACCUGAUUGUGCAGACCAUCGGAAGGAAACUAGGUUUGACCAAGUUUGAGAAUGAACCAAUCCUAUCAAGAGACGCUCUGAUAUAUUUUGGGAAGCUGAACCUCUCCUGUGCCGAAAAGUUUGGAUACAUCUCACCUGCACCAGAGAGCAAAGAUCAGCUUACUCUUGAUGAAGGCUACUGGCUGUCCAAGUUUGAUCAGUGGGGGUUGGCAAAUCAUCCAGCCAAGGCAAUCACUGCAGCCUCCAGGCUGCAUGAUAUUAGACUUGCUGAAGCUGUGGGCCCAAAUGACUUCUCCACCAGAUAUGGGAACACCAUCAUAUCUGUCUUUGGUCAUGCAGUUGAAACAUCAAAAUCAUGGGCUGAGAAUGGACUCACAUCACUCACGAGUGCUGAGCUGAGGAACCGAGUGGAGGAGGAAUUGCAUAUUGUGUUACCAGUGAACUUUGAGCAACUUUGUGCAACCCCAAAAGAUCUGUACGAGUUUCUGGUCGCAUCUGAGAGGAAGAGGUUUCCCAUGCAAACCAUCGAUGAUCACCCAGGCUUUCAAUGGAAUUCAUCCAGAUCCAGGAUGAGCAAGUUACAGCUUGGAGUUAUCCAAUCCAUUGGAUCAGCUCUGAUUCUUCUCUUAGUCUUGAUCUCAGCAGUUCCGUCCUACUUCCUAGUAUCUUGGGUACUGGACCAAUGUGACUCGCCUGAAGAUGGAGAUUGCCUCGGCCCAGUAUUUUGGGCCCUUAUGCCCCUGACCUUUCCUCUCUUCAUCCUAUCCUUCUCAAUGAUUGUGGUUUUAUGCAAGGUUGUUGUUGUUGGGAAGUACCUUCCAAGACAAUUUGAGCUCUUAUCCUGGGAUUAUAUCCGAUGGUGGUUUGUUGACAGGAUUCUUGACGUUUGGGAAUACCUUGCAGGACAUCUUGUUCUAGGAACCAAAUACAUUUGGAUCUUCUACUGGAUUCUUGGUGCUGACCUGGCAUGGUCUGCCAAGAUCGAGUCCUAUAUCCGUGAAUUUGACCUUGUGAAGGUGGGGAGCAACACAAGUAUCGGUCACCCUCUAAAGUGCAGAACAUUCUCUUGGUCAACAGAAGACAGUCCAAGGAUCACUUUCUGGCCAAUUGUGGUUGGAAAUGACAGCCAAAUCUCUGGUAUGGUGAGCCCACGGGCCACAAUUGGGGAUGGCAGCAAGGUAGCAAAGCUUUCAGCUGUUGAAGAGGGUGCAAUGGUAUCUGAUGGCGUCCUUGCCAAGGGCAACCCGGCAUGCCAUGCUGGAUCAUAUAUUCAUCACGAAUCAAGCUGUUUUGAGGAGUCCAUUUUGGAUGUCUUCAAGAUGGUUUGGAUCAUGUUUGAGUCAUACCAUCGUUUUACACUUGCCUUUGUUGUUAGCAUUGUGCUUCAUCAAAUCUUGCCCUCAUGGCGGUAUGGAGGUCUUUUUUAUUGGAUCCUGUUGUUGCCAUUCACUUCCAUCCUGGCACUUUGCUCCAGUUUGGCCUUCAAGUGGCUUCUGAUUGGAAAACGGAACCCAUCAGACGAGUACGAGGGCUCACUCUACCGCCGGGCAACCAACUGGGCAUGUGACUUCCACUUCCAUGCAUCUGGGUUUGCUCUUGCUCCUUUCUGUGGUGCAUCAAAAGUCUGGAACCUCAUCUUCUUCCUCCAUGGCCUUGACAUUGACUUGGAAUCAUCCAUAAAUGGGCUCUAUGUACACUUCCAACCAUCAAAGGUUGAUUUUGUGAAGAUCCAAAAGUCUUUUGCCUCAGCCAUCUCUCUAGACUUGAGCAAGCAACAAGGUGGCAAGAUUGAGAUCAUCAACAGCAGUAUUGGUUACAAUUCCAAUCUUCAUUCGGGUGUCAAGAUUAUGCAAUCGGUAAUUCCUUCAAGGUCAGAUGUGUCUGAAAGUGUUUAUGACUUGAACCAAUCAAACCAUGAUGUGUCCAAGCCUAGUAGCAGUACCGCACUACACGAACUGCUGCAGGCUUUGUUGAAUGUGAUUCUUUUUGCCUCCAUCAUACCUUCUUACGAGAUUGGCCUUGCGGCUACAACCAGUUCAUCAUCUGGCAUUGCUGCGCUUGGGUCCUGUACGGAACUCCAAUAUUUGGCCACUAUGCAAAGUUAA